AUGAAUGCGACAGAACCUCCUACACCCAGCUCAGGACAUGGCGACACGACUCCUCUGUCUCUGAACCCUCAGACAACGGCUGCUGUCGCAACUUCGUCGUCACCAUCCCCCUCGCCUGCUUCCGAGACGUUCGUCUUGUCUGAACACCAUGUGCAACACGCCCAGCCCGAUGAGCUUCGCGCCAUCAUAGCUCGCCUCAUGCCUCUCCUGCAGGAAGCUCGCUCUGAUGCGGCACAUCACAAGCUGCAGUAUCACAUGCUUGCAAUUGAGACCAACGAGGCCAUGGAGCGCAUCCAGGUCGAGAUGGAUAUGGCUCAACGCGAGACAGACCUUCUCAAGGCUAACGACCCUGUCGAGCCACGCAUCCCUCGUGCCGACCACCGCGCCGACCCAAAUAUCCGUCGUGUACACGCUGAUAUAUGGGACUCGAUGGUCAAGGAAACUCAGAGUCUCAAAUCUCAAAACGCCCAGCUUGAGCAACUCGUCUCACAACACAAACGCAUGAUCGUUCAACAGGAGAGCGAGAUCGCGACCUUGAAUGACCGCAUCACACUCUAUCGCGAACGCCUUCGUGAGAAUCGCGCUCACCUCAACCGGUACCGUCGCACUGCUGGAUUUCUGGAGUCACCGCGCAAGAGCCAGUCUGCUCAGUCUUCUCCAUGGACCACCCGCGAGCAGGACCAGCCACCUUUUGCAGCCCUUCUGCAUGCCUCUGACCUCAUGAGUGGAAGGAGUCCAACAUCUCCACGAACCCCUACACGCAGAAGACGAGCUGCUUCAAUAACUCCUAUGCCUUAUGAGACCCCUCAAACUCUUCAAUCCACACGCUAUCUGCAGGUACCGCAGACUGCGCCACCAUUACGCGGUCCUCAACUCCAGCCCUCAAAUUCUGCGCGACUCGCCUCAACCAGACAUCAAACGACAGUGCUCAGAGAAGUGUUGGUGGCAGAUGAAAGUGAGGCCGAGACUGAUGUGCCUGAUGAUGAGGAACCAGCCAAGGAGAUUGGCAGUGUUUUGAGUGUCCCUCAAACCCCUACACGCAAUCGCAAAAGCUCUGCCAUGAAAGGUACUUCCGACGCUGUUCAAAGGAGAUUGUUCGGCCAAGUCAGAAAAGGAAGCAUCCAGCGCGACAAUCCUGAAGCAUCAGCCAAGGCAGCGGAAAAGGCGCGGCUGCCCCAUAUCUUAAACGUGGAAGAGACCGACUUUUCCCGGAAGUGA